GUAGUGUGUACCUCUCUCUCUCUCUCCGUUUCCAGAAACGGAGAGUAUUUAAACUACGGCCAAACUCAUUUCGACUUAACACCGAAGCUUUCUUCCAACAUCAAGUAUCUUUUGGCUAUACGUAUUUUUAGGGACACCCAGAUCCAAAUCUCUCCCUCUCCCUCUCUCUCCCCUCCAUGCUUAUUUCCUGUGCCAACUCACGUUCCGAGUCCAAACAUUCUCGUAAUAUCUGUUCUCCAAUUAAUAUAUCGCAUCUGGUUGUGCUAAUUCAGGGUUUUGUUUUGGAAAUGCUGGUUGCAUCGUUCUCAUUUCGGUUCCCCUUUCCGGGGGGCUAUUUGUGAGUUAUUGGGAUCUGGGUUCUUGUAGAUUUUCGAAAUAGGCGUUUAGGGAUUCUUAAUUUACGUUUGAGCUGUUUGCUUUUUCGUAUAUUUCCCUUAAUUGGGUUGCAUGUGAUUGAGUUUUCUUAUUUGGUGAGCUGAGGUUGUUGUACAUUUCACAUUAGGCCUUUGGGCUCGAAUUAUCGCAUUGUUGUUCGUUAUUUAUUGUGCUUCUCGUUGCUUUUUUUUUUUCUUUUUUUUCUUUUCUGAUUGGGGAUCUGGGUUCUCUCUCCUUUACCUUGGUUUUGGAAAAGAUGAGCUGCAUACCUAUUGGCAAUUGAUAUCCUAGGGACCAAGAGUUACUUUGAAAGUCUGGUUAGGAGAGCACCAUAUCGAUAGAAGAAUUCUCAGUGCAGAUAUCACACAUACAAGGAGCAUUCUGUCAAUGCAGAGGGAAAGUUAGUCGGAUUUUGGGCUCGAUGCCGCUAGAACUGAAUCAGGAAAAACUGCAUUUUGCAUCAGGAAUUCAAAUUACUGAAUGAAAGGACUUGGAUAGGUUAUUUGUGUUUAGGAACAGGGGAUUGUGAAGUUGAAUUAUGGGCAUCAUUUGCUCCAAAGGAUUUUUCCCACACGAAUACGUACCUGAGAGUCGUUUGAGAAAUAAAGCAUUGAAAGCAAACAAAUCUGCUAAGAGGUUAGGUGCUUCCCUGAGGAGAGAAGAACAUGUGGUGGAGGGUGAUAGUAUUGGAAAUGAUGCCACUGUACGGUUGAUAACCAAUCCACCAGCAGAACUUGCAGGCUCGACGCCCAUUUUGUGGGAUGAGGGGGAGAAGAAGGUGCUGGUUAAUGAGAAACCCGGGAAACAACAGCUUCAAAGACGGUUGACAAUGGAAGUUGGGUUUAGCGGAGGACGGGUACAUCCUAAGAUGUCUAGAAUAGGUAGUUUCCCCCGUGGGGAGAGAGGAGCACAAGUUAUUGCUGGAUGGCCUUCUUGGCUAAGUGCAGUGGCAGGAGAAGCAAUCAAUGGGUGGGUGCCCCGAAAGGCCGACUCGUUUGAGAGGUUGGACAAGAUUGGACAAGGAACUUACAGUAGUGUGUACAAAGCUCGUGAUCUUGAAACAAACAAAAUAGUUGCACUGAAAAAGGUGCGGUUUGCUAACAUGGAUCCAGAAAGUGUUCGUUUUAUGGCAAGAGAAAUUAUCAUUCUGCGUAGACUUGAUCACCCAAAUGUCAUGAAGCUUGAAGGCCUGAUUACCUCAAGGGUGUCUGGUAGCUUAUACCUUGUAUUUGAAUAUAUGGAGCAUGAUCUUGCUGGACUCAUGGCAACAACUGGGAUCAAAUUCACUGAAGCACAGAUCAAAUGCUAUAUGCAACAACUACUUUGUGGACUUGACCACUGUCACAGUCAUGGUGUUUUGCACCGUGACAUCAAAGGUGCAAAUCUUCUGAUUGACCAUAAUGGCAAUCUAAAGAUUGGUGAUUUUGGGUUAGCUACCUUUUUCCAACCCCAUCAGAAGCAGCCUUUAACAAGUCGGGUGGUAACUCUAUGGUACCGACCGCCCGAACUUUUGCUUGGUUCUACAGACUAUGGAGUUGCGGUGGAUUUGUGGAGUACUGGUUGCAUUCUUGCAGAAUUAUUUGCUGCGAAGCCUAUCAUGCCAGGAAGAACAGAGGUUGAGCAACUACAUAAGAUCUUCAAACUUUGUGGGUCACCUUCUGAAGAGUACUGGAAGAAAUCAAAAUUGUCACAUGCAACCAUCUUCAAACCUCAACAUCCGUACAAGCGUUCAGUUGCUGAGACAUUCAAGGACUUCCCUACAUCUGUAUUAGCCCUCUUAGAUGUCCUUCUUGCAGUAGAACCUGAGGGUCGCGGAACAGCUGCUUCUGCUCUCCAGAGUGAGUUCUUCACAGCAAGUCCUCUUCCAUGUGAUCCAUCGACUUUACCCAAGUACCCACCAAGUAAGGAGUUUGAUGCCAGGCUUCGAGAUGAGGAAGCUAGAAGGAGAAGAGCAGCUCAUGGAAUAGCACGUGAAUAUGACACAGUUAGAAGGGGAUCCAGAGAAUCCAAACCCAUGCCAGCACCAGAUGCCAAUGCUGAGUUACAGGCAUCCAUACAGAAGAGACAAGGGCAGCCCAACCCUAGAAGUGUCAGUGAUAAAUGCAACCGUGAAGAGGAUGUUGGCACUGGCUUUCCCAUGGAACCUCCCAAAAAAACAGCACUAAAUGUAUUCUCCCAUUCUGGCCAGUCAAUGCACCCAACUGCAUUUGGAUCUUCACGCAAUAUGGAUAUUGAUGGGGAAGUUCUUACAGCUCCUGGCCAAGCUUUUAAGAAUGGCUUAGAGGUGAGAUCACAGAUAUCUUCUCCACAUCCUGGGGAAGCUGAGUUUCCCAGGUUUUCGAGCUCUGCAGCAACUCAAGGCAGUUCACUGUUAAAUAGCAGCAAAGAAACUACGGCUGAUCCACACUGGCCGGGCAAAUGCUUGAAUGCCAGAUAUAAUCAUCUGGAUGAUGAUGUAGCCUCUGAAAAGCACCAGUGGUCCCACCAUUUGCUUGAUAGACCGAACUCUUCUUAUAAGAAGGAUCUACAGAAACAAUCCGGAAAGGGGUCUGGAAUGGGUUACAUUUCCAAAAAGAGCAGGAUCCAUUACUCUGGACCAUUGAUACCUCCUGGAGGAAACCUUGACGAGAUGCUCAAGGAGCACGAGAGACAAAUCCAACAUGCUGUCCGCAUGGCUCGUUUGGACAAGAUCAAGACCAAGUCCAAGAAAACAUAUAGUGAGAGCGGACAAACCGAAUCACUACUUCAUGCUGGCAGUAUCGGAAGGUGACCCUCAAAAGAGAAAUUUAUGCUGCUUCAAUCUAGACGCAGAAGCUCCUGGAGAAUUAUUCCUUUUGGGCAUUUGAUGAGUCUUGUUGCCAAGAGAUAGGUUGGCAUUCGUGGAGCUUUCUGGUCCUACCACUAUAAAAAUGUAUGCUAUAAAGUUCUAACUACAAGGUCUACAUGUGAUGCAAAGAGGUGGAUGAGCCUAAAGCAAAUGGCAUCCAUGGCCAUUGACCCUAUAAUAUUUUGGGGCUGAAGGCUUUUGAGAUGGACACACCAGCUAAUUUUUGCAUUGCCAGACGGCAAGGUGGUAUUUUUGGCAUCAUGCAAUUGCUCGAGAUUGGCAUUGUACAGCUGAUUCACUUUUACCUCAUUCUAUGUAAAGAAGAAGCAGUUGGACUCAGAUUUAAUGAUGAUUUUUGUCAUUACAGGCCAUCAUUCAUUCAAACUA